UGAUCCGCUCGCAGCUUGUCAACCGCACGAUCCAGUUACUGUAGCUGCAAUGAAAAUAUCUCCGCUGGUGGGUGGAUAAAUGGGCCCGGGUCCAUCAUUUCCCACCAAACACUGACCGAGUGAGCACUUUACUUCAUCGUGUCGCAGACGAGACCGCGGAGCUGCUGCUUUAACGUGAAUUCUCCUCAGCUCCGGCUCGCGGCGAGAGGCAGCGUCACCGAGCUUCAGGUUGAAGCGAGCCCCGACUGAAGGCAUGUGGUGGAUAUUAUGGCUCACAGCCGGCGCACACCUCUUUGGAGCCAACAACUGGCCGGCUCACGCCACCCUGUAGCCGGGCCUCCUCCACCUGAGCUCCAUGCACCUCACGCAGUGCACCUUUUGACUUCAUGAAGAUCCCUGACAUCGGUGAUGUAAUGAAUAAAUUUGAAGUCCUUGGGAUCGUGGGUGAAGGUGCCUAUGGUGUUGUUUUGAAGUGCCGACACAAGGAGACCAAUGAAAUUGUGGCCAUUAAGAAAUUCAAGGACAGUGAAGAAAAUGAGGAGGUUAAAGAAACGACACUGCGGGAGCUUAAGAUGCUCCGCACGCUCAAGCAGGAAAAUAUCGUGGAGUUGAAAGAGGCCUUCCGCAGAAGGGGAAAGCUGUAUCUCGUCUUUGAGUAUGUGGAGAAGAACAUGCUUGAGCUGCUGGAGGAGUUACCCAACGGUGUGCCGACUGAGAAAGCACGCAGCUACAUCUACCAGCUAAUCAAGGCGAUCCACUGGUGCCACAAGCAUGACAUCGUUCAUCGGGACAUAAAGCCAGAAAACCUUCUCAUCAGCUCUGACGACACCCUGAAGUUAUGUGACUUUGGCUUUGCACGUAAUCUCUCAGAGGGGACUGAUGCCAAUUACACAGAGUAUGUGGCCACUAGAUGGUACCGCUCUCCAGAGCUCCUGCUCGGGGCCCCUUACGGGAAGGCAGUGGACAUGUGGUCAGUGGGCUGCAUCCUCGGAGAGCUGAGCGACGGACAGCCUCUGUUCCCAGGAGAGAGUGAGAUUGACCAGCUCUUCACCAUUCAGAAAGUGCUGGGACCCCUGCCACCAGAACAGAUGAAGCUCUUCUAUAACAACCCUCGCUUCCACGGGCUGCGGUUCCCUGCUGUGAACCACCCACAAACCCUGGAGCGCAGAUACCUGGGAAUCAUUGGCGGAGGCCUGCUGGACCUGCUGAAGAACCUGCUGUUGCUGAACCCGACAGAGCGUUUUCUCACGGAGCAGAGCCUCAACCACCACACCUUCCAGACACUGCGGCUGGUGGAGCGGCCAGGCCCACCAACACCGACACCUGUACGCUCCUCCAAGAGAAAACCUCACCAUGGAGACAACACCACCCCCAGCAGGAGCCAUGGGAGUAAGAGCUCAGGAAGCCAUCGCUCCAGCAGCAGAGAGGGCUCCAGCUUGCCUCGGCAUGAAGACCUCCACCCCAGCAACGACAGCUUUCUCAACGGCAACAUGCCUACAGCGAUCAACCUCAGUCCCACCCUGCAUCCCAAGAACUACCAGCCGCAGAUCUUUAACCAUUCCACUUCGUGCAGCAUGGACCUAGCCAGCAGCAACCUGCCUCACUUGCUCAGUCCCGGUGAGGCCAAGGGCAAGGGUGACUUCGAGAUGAGCCUGGGAUCCAAGGUGUCAGACGGCCCCGGAGCCAAGUACCUCAAAUCCAAUUUCCGCUCGCAUCAGAACCGCCAUUCCUUUGUGGAGGGGAAAACCAACACGCUUCAGUCAGGGGAUAAACAUAGUAGACACAGCUACAUGGAGUCUCACAGCUCCACACCCUCCUCCUCCAAGUUUGCCUACCUGAACUUAUCCAAGAGCUACGGUACGCUUAGUGAUGCCAAGUCUGUGGGAAACUUAAAUGAUGUGCAUCUCUAUGCAGAUGAGCCUACAGCGCGCUAUUUUCCUUCAAGCUGCCUUGACCUCACAGCUCCGAGCAGCCCAGCAGCCCGCCGAGUAGACAGACUGGGACUCGGCACAGCUAGCCGAGGAAGCAUGCGCUCAGAGAGGGAAAGCAACACUCUGGACUCUUCUUACAGGCGCUCAUCCAUCCGCCACAAGGCCUCAGAGGAGGCCAAGUCGCCAGAUACCCUGGACCCUGGGGAAAGUGGCGUGGAAAGGACCCAUGCUCACUCUCUGUCCGCCCCACAUGACCCUGUGUCUUACGGUCAGGGAUACACUAGCCCCUUCUCCUCCCAGCAGAGGCCGCACCGUCACUCUAUGUACGUAAGGAGGGACCACCAGAGGACACACGGGGCGGAGGAGGGUCUGGUGGUGGGUCAGGGCAUGCCUACCAGAGCCAGCAGCCUCCAGCUCCUUUCUCCACAGCUGCAGCACCGCACGCUGCCUCACCACUCUGGGGGCUCCUCCAGAGAAGAAGACAUGAGCAGGGUCAGUCACCAGCCCACAUCAAUCUCCAAGCAAAAGACUGAACAGGCACCCACUGAGGUCAUCCACAGCAGACCCCCAAUAAGGGACUCGACCAGGGACAACUCUGCAUCUUUUCACACACAACGGCAAAAAAGCGAGGUCGGCUUAUAUCAUGACCAGCAAACAGAAGAUGGAGGCUCCUCCAAAGAGAAUCGUAACAUCUACAGUGAAUCCAUGCCAAGGAGAGUGGGAAGCUUCUACAGAGUCCCUUCCCCCCGGCCAGACAACUCCUUUCAUGAUAGCAGGGGUCAGAGCCGGGGCUCUGGCUUGUCCGGGGACAGCAGCGGUUUGACGAACCACUCCAAACGCCAGCCAGGCUUUGACCCUUGGACUGGCCCAGAUACUGUUGUGUUGAACUCUGAGCCAUCCAAAGAAAAAGAGAAGCAGGGUUUCUUCAGAGCAAUAAAGAAGAAAAAGAAAAAAACUCAAAUGAUGGAAGUCCCCGGUGGAAGGCCUCCUGUCAUCAAGAAAUGUCUUUUCCCUCUGUUUAGCCCAAAGAAUAACAUAAAGCAUAGUUCCACUGUGAGAGUCCUCCCUGUAGUGUCGUCUCCCAUGGUCCCUACUGAAGGGGUCGAUCCAGUCAUCCAGAAGUCGUCCAGGUCUUCAGGUCACCAGAGCGGCCGCCACAGGACCCGUGACAAGAGCAGAGACCGAGACCGAGACAGGGACAAGGACUGGCCUCCUGAGAAACUGUCGGAUUCACAUUCUCCGAGUCAACCACUGAAGUCACUUCGCAAACUCCUGCACCUUUCAUCCUCCUCCUCCAACCAGACGGCGCCCUCUGAUAUGCGCUAUCAGCCACUGCCUAAUCCAGCCUCCACUCAAGGUGGUUUCUCUGAGAGCCGGGGCCACUCAGGGGUCAGUACGCCCCAGCUGAAGAGCCGACAGGCGGCCUACCCACUGCCUGCACAGCUGGAGUCCGGCUGGCACACGUCUGCCCUGGGCCGCCCCGAGGGCAACCCCUACCCAGAGCAAAUGAGCAUCAAGGGAGGCCAGAACGGGCACGGCUUCGGACGCCCGUCCAGGUCUCGUAUGCCAAACCUCAAUGACCUGAAAGAGACGGCGCUGUGAUUUCCACUGCCCUCACACUCACUGGGGGAUGACGCUUCCCCUCUGUUGCUCCUACACCUCCCUUAUGUAACAGUACACCUGCUGUACACACACACACACACACACACACACACACACACACACACACACACACACACACACACACACACACACACACACACACACACACACACACACACACACACACACAGUUACCAAACCUUCAGUUUUAAACACUGCUUGCAAACAGGCCAAAAGCCUUUUUAUGUCUAAUUUUUUUUAAACUUCCAUGUUUGAUAGACUUUAUAUUAUUACUUAUAUAAUUCUGAUUAUAAUUUUUAUUAUAAAGUAAAUAUAUUACAAAUUAAAUAUAUAUAAAUGGAUCAAGUGUAGAUUUUAAGUGUAAGUAUUUUUGUUUCUAUCAAUAUAGAAAUAUAGUACAUUUUACUGCGUAGUAUUUCCUUAAGACUAUCUAAAGCAUUUUAAACAAAUGAAUUUUAUCAGUUGUUACCAUAGAGAUGGGUAAUGUCAGUAAUAUCAGUGUGUUCAUCUCAUUCUGGACUCUAACUCUUCGUCUGAGCUGUCUCGCCCUGUUAGAUGUGCUUUCUUCUACUGGACACAGAUGCUCAGAUGUGUCAUGCUCAGUUGCCGUGUAGUUUUUCUGAGUUGGCACCGACAAUCUCUGUUCUUUUUGAGGAUAUUUAGGUUUUUAUGUCUUUUUUGAAACGCAGCCAUUUUAGACACUUUGGUGCCAUAAACUAAUAGAAAUCCUAACCUAACACCUCCCUCUGUAGGUCAUAAUGAAGCACUGCAUUUACCGUUCUCAGACAGAUUACCACUCACUAACAUUUCAACACUGUCUUUUCAUGUAUAUGAAGUGUUAAUAAUCCCUUCCGUAUAUAUUCUAAACAAAUAUACAGUUAGAACUAUGGCUAGACGUCAUUUCAAACAGAACAGUCUUUAAUAACUGUACCUUAUGCAGACUAUGCCGAAGAUCCUUCUGGUAAUCUACAAGUAUUUACUGAGAAGUUCAUGUAUGUGUAAUGAAGCACCCGCAGUAAUUAAACCUUUAUACUUUGCUUCACGAGUCUCAAGUUAACUUGUGAUUUUCUCUGUUAACUGCGCUCACGACCGGGAUUCUGGAAAGUCUGUUAAAGAUUUCACAAAAGCUACUUCCAAGUGGUUGCAAUCGUUUAAUCAGUUAAAAAAGAUAGAGGCAAAAAUGUUAUAUAAAGUUUAACUGCUGGAAUUUUGUCUAUAAGAAUCAUUUUAAUUGUAUUAUUGUUGGUAAGUAACUUUUUACAGCAGUUAGAGGAAUAUAAAAGCCAUGUGGCCGUUCUAGUGCAGUGGUUCCCAACAUGAUGUUCCCCCACAGCCCUGUCACAUAAACUCAAGCACCUCUGUAGUUAUGUUCCAAAUGUGUUCAUUUUAAACUGGAUAUAUAGUUACAAUAUUUCAUACCAUCGCACUUUGUUCGGUCAAGUUUAUAUGUUUACUGUUACCACUUGGUCAUAAGAUGGAUUUUUCAACCAUUUGUCUGUUUCCUGUUUUAUCAGUUUCUCAUUUAUUAUCUUUUUUUUUUUAGCUUUGUUUAUCCUCCAAUUUUGGUGGCUAAAGAGUUUCUAUCCAUUUCUUUCUCGAUAUCUAAUUUUCAGCUAUCCAGUGCUUUAAGCUUUUCACACACUCAUACUGUUCAGGUAUUACUGCUGACUCAGUAUGUUGGUAUAUUUUUUCAGUUCUCUACCAUCUUUCUAUGUGCUCCCUUGAAACUGCAGAGCCCCCGGUUCUACAUGUGCACCUGGUUUAGAGUCCAUGUACUACUGUAUUUUUAACUGACUGCACACACUGAGACGCUGGGGACGAGCCUUUAAGAAAUCUUUAAGUGGAUCCACGCUGGCGGCAGAAGCUCUGCGCUGUUACAUCGUUUUCUGUCUGAGAUUAAGUGCCGAGAACGUAGCUUGGCUGAGAUGAAUCUUAAACUUCUUAAUGUUGCACUUCGAAGGGACUGUGUGGCGCAGCAGUGUUGCUGUGACACUGUAAAUUCUUCCUCAGUUCAUGUUCAUCCCAUGCACAGUGUGUGAGGACUGAAACACGGGGCAGCAGCGACACGCCAAGUCCAAACACCACCGUACCGUAUCAUGUGUUGUGCAUCUGUAAGGACUGGGCACACUCCAUACUUGACACCAUACGUCUCACUCUUUGGAUAGCUGUUUUGCUGAAGGAGCACCGUGUAUUAUAUUAAUACUGAUGUGUGACUACUUGUUUGGUAAUAUUUAUAACAGAAGAUGUUUAUCCACUGUUUAAAUGAAAUCAAGUAUUCAGUUUGUGCUUUUAUUACAGACAGAAAUGAGUAGCAUAGUCAGUGUUUAUUUGCCUUUUAUUUUCAACAGAGCAUUUACAUGACAACGUAAACCCACAAAUGAAUGCUUAACAAUUUUAGAAUAUCCAUGUUUACAAAUGUAAAAGUAAAUCUCAAAUAAAACAAGCUCAUUUGA